AUGAAUUAUUUUCCAGACGAGGUAAUAGAACAUGUGUUUGACUAUGUGGUGUCACAUAGUGACAGAAACAGUUUGUCUUUGGUAUGCAAAAGUUGGUAUAGAAUAGAGGGAUUUACAAGGAAGAGGGUGUUUAUAGGAAACUGUUACUCUAUUAGUCCUGAGAGGUUGGUGGAGAGGUUUCCUGAUCUCAAAUCUUUAACUUUAAAGGGAAAGCCUCAUUUUGCUGACUUCAGUUUGGUUCCUCAUGGUUGGGGUGGUUUUGUUUAUCCAUGGAUUGAAGCACUUGCUAAGAGUAGAGUUGGGUUGGAGGAGCUUAGGUUGAAGAGGAUGGUUGUGUCAGAUGAGAGCCUGGAGCUACUUUCUCGUUCUUUUAUGAAUUUUAAGUCUUUAGUUCUUGUUAGCUGUGAAGGGUUUACUACUGAUGGCCUUGCUGCUGUUGCUGCAAAUUGCAGGUCUCUUAGGGAGCUAGACCUGCAAGAGAAUGAAGUUGAUGAUCACAAAGGACAGUGGCUAAGUUGUUUUCCGGAGAACUGUACAUCACUCAUCGCUCUUAAUUUUGCUUGCCUUAAAGGAGAGAUUAAUGUGGGAGCACUAGAGAGACUUGUGGCGAGAUCACCUAACCUCAAGAGUUUAAGGUUAAACCGAUCAGUGCCUGCUGAUGCACUUCAAAGGAUUCUGAUGCGAGCGCCUCAACUAGCAGAUUUGGGUGCAGCAAGCAUUCAGGGGGCUGAGCUGAUUAAACUUAUUCGCCAUUGCGGGAAACUACAGCGCUUAUGGAUAAUGGAUUCCAUUGGAGACAAAGGACUAGUUGCUGUAGCUACAACAUGCAAGGAGUUGCAAGAAUUGAGGGUUUUUCCAUCCGCGCCAUUUGGAAAUCAAGCAGCUGUUACCGAAGUAGGACUUGUUGCGAUAUCAAAGGGAUGCCCGAAGCUUCACUCGUUACUCUACUUCUGCCACCAGAUGACAAAUGCUGCUCUCAUAACAGUGGCCAAGAACUGUCCAAAUUUUAUCCGAUUCAGGUUAUGCAUCCUCGAUGCAACAAAGCCUGACUCCGACACUAUGCAGCCACUGGAUGAAGGUUUUGGAGCGAUCGUGCAGUCAUGCAAACGACUGAGGCGGCUAUCACUCUCCGGUCAGUUGACCGACCAGGUCUUCCUUUACAUAGGAAUGUACGCCGAGCAGCUUGAAAUGCUAUCUAUUGCUUUUGCUGGCGAGAGUGACAAGGGAAUGCUCUAUGUAUUAAACGGUUGCAAAAAGCUUCGCAAGCUCGAGAUAAGAGACUGCCCUUUUGGCGACACAGCGCUUCUGACAGACGUAGGGAAGUAUGAAACAAUGCGAUCCCUUUGGAUGUCGUCGUGUGAGGUGACUGUAGGAGCAUGCAAGACAUUGGCGAAGAAUAUGCCGAGUUUGAACGUGGAGAUCUUUAACGAAAGUGAACAAGCAGAUUGUUAUGUGGAAGACGGGCAACGAGUGGAGAAGAUGUAUUUGUAUCGUUCCGUGGCUGGGAAAAGGGAAGAUGCACCAGAAUAUGUAUGGACUCUGUAG